CAGGCUGUUGCCCGCCUCUGCGGGCAUCUACCGCGGGCCGCAUGGCGGGCCGUGGCAACCGAGACGCAGUCCGGCCACGCAAUGCCCGAGCACCGGACUGCUGUAGCAGCCCGGAAGCGGCGCAAGGCCUAGUCUUCAAUCCCGCUCGCACGCAGUCCUGGACGUGCUGUCCGGCGUUCCGUAGCGGCUGCAGUAUUGUUCCGGUAUCGUCGAAUCGACAGGCCUGCUGAUCCAGAGCCAGGUUUCUCCAUCUCUUCCAAGUCACGAGUGUGAGAGUGCGUUGGAGACUGUGAAAUCGAGACCAGCUAGAAGGACAGCAAAGGUCAAGUACCAGCUGAUCAACCACCUUCCGCAAAGUUUUCUAUAACCUGCUGAAGACUCGACAUCGUCUCUCAUGCUAAACUGCAUCCGAUCCAACUCCACUGGCAUCGUGCAAUUUUGCUCGGAACAGGUAACUGCAGCUCUCUCCUUCAGGGCUCGCAUGCUCUGUAAUAGGUUUCUAAAACCCGGAAAGUUGGUGCAAUACUGGUAGCACUUGUGGAUAUCUUUACGAAUAUAAACGAAGACAUUCUUGAGAAGUAACUUGAGAAGUAAAAAAAAACGAAAGAAAGUCAUUUUGGUCUGAAAGAAGAACUGUGUUAGCACCCUCGUUUCUUCCGCGGCUUCACAUCCCCAGCUGCCAACAGAGUCUAUUGCUCCGCCAGACCCCUCACACGUGCCUUUCCCAGUUAGUGUCAUCGAGCGCUGCAGGAGGAGGCGGCAAGUGGGCGUUUCGAAAGUAGCCCUUCAGGAGAACUGAUUUGUUUGAGGGCGCCUGGAGAACGAGACGGCACCUCACGUUCCACGGUAUUUGUGUUGCCGAUGAACUUUUUUCCAUGCACAGUUUGGUACGAGAGAUGUCAGUCCAAAACCGCGAUUAGCGAAAUGGUGCAACGAAAAUAUGCCUCGAAGACCAGAUGAUAGUGCUCGUACAUUUCAACGGUUGAUUUCUUUUGCCUCGUCAACCUGGAUUCCGAACCCGCGUGCUGGAAAGGUGCUUGUGCAUAUUCGUUGCCCAAAAGUACCAUGUCGUAAUUAAUUCGAUGGCACACCUGUUAGUGGAGGACAGUACGGUUUUGCAAAGAGCUCGUUCUCUCAUCAUACCUUGUCUUGUGUGGUUUUCACCAUUGCGAGCUCUCUGACGAACACCAACCACUGCCAAACACCGACAGCUGUACGAACGAUAUCGUCGAGGUCUUCAAGUCUGGAAAUCAACCAACGCGCUUAAGAGGGACUGUUAUCCAUGGCGCUCCGCAUGUGUUCUGUACGUGAAGUGCUCAUUGUGCGGGGUCGACGAGACCACUAAUUACGGCGUUUCGGUUUUGUGCUUAAAGAUACCGAAGUUCUGCAACUCCAAUUGGUGUAUCGCAACAACUGCGUAGGUACAUCAAUCUUGGCAUUAGGUUCAAUUAAGGUGGCAAAAUACUGUUUCGCGUUCUGUAGGAGAGAACAGAGCCUAUAUAUCCGACAGGACUUGGCCAAUCUCGUUGAUUGACACUCGCAAGCCACUGCCAGAAAGCUUUCGCUCGAACAUGAGCCUGGUGGGUGGCUUUCCCCCAGCGGCUGCGGCCGCAUUCGCCGCCGAGGAGCCCCUGUACGGGGCUUACUACGCAAGUGGUCCACCGGGAGCCGAGUACCUGGGUUGGCUCCUCGGGGACCAGGCGACGGCUGGUGACCUGACCGGCAGCGGAGGUGUGCCGGCGGCGUGCUCGUACUCGGCCGGCGGCCCAGCGAGGCCGGGCUCGGCGGACGAGCCCUGGGCCUCGCCUCACCCGCCCAGCGUCCCGCCGCCGCCUGCGGGGCGCGGGGUCAAGCGGCGGGUGACCGCCAACCGCAAGGAGCGACGCCGCACGCAGAGCAUCAACAACGCGUUCGCCGAACUGCGCGAGUGCAUACCCAACGUGCCAGCUGACACCAAGCUGUCGAAGAUAAAGACGCUGCGGCUGGCUACCUCGUACAUCGCCUACCUCAUGGACCUGCUGCAGGGACCACCGGGAGCCGCCCACCAGGCGUGCUUCAAGGCGGACCUGCAGGCGGCUCAUGCAGCCCUCACGCUCCACCACCAGCAGCAGCAACAGCAACUCCCUCCACAACAGCAGCAGCAGCAGCUUACGCCACUCAGCUCCCCGGACGAGGUUCGUCGAAAAGAGCUGGCGAACGUGAUCCAGGCCGAGAAGAGGGGCAAAGGCCGAACGGGCUGGCCACAACACGUCUGGGCGCUGGAGCUCAAGCACGACGCCUGAGAACUGUCGCCUACGCGUCGGCCGACUUUUCACGCGACUGGACCUCGGUGCAUGACGAUGCUGCUGCUCAUGCUGCGGCUGCUGCUGUUGCUGCUGGUAUCUGAUACCUAUACACCGUCUAGUGACUUGCAGUUGAAUCAGACCGAAGAAGUAGCUCUGCGGUGGGUCGACAUCUGCAACGAGGCUUUGAAUAUGGUGCGCUGCCGAGCGAGACAAAAUGUGAUCUGUGAAUGGAAAGCUUUUUUUCCCCCUUUCUUUUCCCACCGAAGAAUCUGUGCUACGCGCUUCCAAAUGGGACAUUGUCUAGCACCUGUCAAGCCGGUUGUUCUUUGUGCACGCCAGCUGCCCUGCAAGCGCGCAUAUUUCCUGAAGUAUACUUGUGGUAGAGAGGGAUUCGUUCAUUAUAGCAUCGACCUCAGAAGCAUGCACUGUGCUCAACGCCACUGUUCUGCAGUGAAUAAAAAGAAUUGAUUUGU